UAAACCAAGUUUUUCAUUGCAAAAAAAAAUCCUUCAAGCCGAAGCUUUUACCAAAUUCAUACUCCAAAAUAUCCUAUAAAGUAACAUUCAAAAACCUGUAUCGUAUCCAUCUAAUUAUCUAAAUCAAUAGCAACAAUGCAACGUAAAGCUCUCAUUUCCUUUCUUUUCUUCUUCAUCUUCUUAUCAGCUUCAAAUACUACCACAUCAAAGAAGCACAAGUCUAGGAACCCAUGCAAAAGCUUGGUUUUCUAUUUCCAUGACAUUAUCUACAAUGGCCAAAAUUCAAAGAAUGCGACUUCAGCAAUCAUAGGCUCACCACCUUGGGGAAACAAAACAAUUUUAGCAGGACAAAACCAUUUUGGAGACGUGGUGGUUUUCGAUGAUCCAAUUACGUUGGACAACAAUCUGCAUUCACCACCGGUUGGUAGAGCACAAGGUUUCUACAUAUACGAUAGAAAAGACUAUUUCACUGCUUGGCUUGGAUUUUCUUUCUGGUUCAAUUCCACUGACCAUAGAGGGACUUUGAAUUUCAUUGGAGCUGACCCUUUGAACAAGACUAGGGAUAUUUCAGUGGUUGGUGGUACAGGUGAUUUCUUCAUGUCUAGAGGAAUUGCUACUUUGAUGACUGAUGCUUUUGAAAAUGAAGUUUAUUUCAGGCUUCGGGUUGAUAUAAAGCUAUAUGAAUGCUGGUAAUUUAAUUACUAUAUUUUUUUUUUAUUUGCAAAAAAAAAAAAAAAUGCUAAUUAAAUAAGGCCAUGUAUCAAGCUGAUAUAUGUGGGUUUUGUUUUGUAUUAACAAUUUGGUAUGGCAUUUUUUGGUU